ACGACUCGGAAGAUAUUUGGAAGAAAAAUACGAUUCGUUUCCCAUUUCAGCGUACUAAAACAGAAAAUAUUUCAUCGUUAUUCCUUAAGCAUAAAACAUAGUGUUUACUAACAAAUGAUUUGAUUGCAAGUCGAAGCGUACGAAGCAUCAUAAAAUUUCAGCUCUAAAACAUAAACAAUUCGUAUCGUGUGCAUGUGUGUUUUACACUCUGUGUUCAGUGUAGCAUUCUUGUCCUGUUUUCAGAAUGGAACCUCUGUUCACAGAAAAGUGCAGAUCUGAGACUGAAUUAUCUGAGUCCAAUGAGGAGAAUAACCAGUUAGCCGUCUCGGAGGUUAGCCAUUCUUGUCGCAAACGGAAGCUGUCAACUUCCCUCGAUACAAUCGAACGCAGCGAAAAGCUCCAGGCGAUCGAAACAAAAAGCAAGGAUGUUGAAGAUCAAAUUUCGUCCGUGUCUCGCAACAUUUGUGUCAAUCUAUUGGACCUGAGUGAUGAAAUACUAUUACUUAUAUUGAUCCAACUUGAUGCCAACAGUUUGUUGGCGCUCUCAAAAACAUGCACAAGAAUGCAAAUUCUUGUUGCAGACAAAACGCUAUGGAAAGAGGCAGAUUACACUACAGUACAGAUGGGAACUGAAGAAGUAAAGCAGAAUCUUAACCAUCUGAAAUCUGAAUCCAAAACGUUAAAGCUUCGUGGAAUGACUAGUGUUUACCCAGGAAAUCGAUGGAAAGAACCAACUCUGACACCAGCGAUUCUGGAAUCGAUCAGUACGAAAUGCCCACAAAUGAGACGGUUGGAGCUGACCGAGGCAUAUUUAAAUACCCCCGAAAUAGGCAUCGUCUCGUUUCCCAAUACUUUACGUUCGCUUGUACUGAGAAAAUGCUCGCUGUCAUCACAUAAUGCUCAUGAAAACAGUCACUAUUUAUUGCCACAAGUACAGAUGACAUCAUUUCUUUCCAAAAUCUACAAGCAUCUGGUACACCUAGAGGAGCUGUCGAUUGAGUAUUGCACCUGGUUUGAUACGCACGAUUUUAUGGUGCUUUCCAAAUUACCUAACUUACGGUACCUUAGCCUGAAGGGAUGCGCUAACUUAAAAGACAGUGUUCCGUACGCAAGUCUUGCAACACGAUAUGGGUUCAGAAAGUUAGAAGUGUUAGAUUUACGUGACACUCCCAUUUCCGAUUCUGAUGUGAGUUGCUUCAAUAUAGUUCAAACUCUGAAAGAGUUGCUCCUCGAAUGUCCGGAGCAUUUGCGCACAGAUAGAGGUCUAGAAGAAUACAAUCAAGCCGAACGACAAAGGGUAGAGGAGUUGCAUCGUCUAGCAGUGCCAGCCAGGAAUAGACCACUACGGGGUGCAGAAAAUGCAGCAAUUCCCCAGGUUCGCCCACCGAGGCAGGGGAUGUUUGAAGUACGGUUAGUCAAUGGAGUACAGCCUGUCCAAGGAGAAAAUCCUGAAAAUGUCCUUCAAAUGUUACGCGACGAUGAUUUCCUAGUAGACAACUUACCACAAAGAGGGGGCAACAAUAACCGUCAUCCAAAUGAACCCCCUUCACCACCAUUGAGAGCCGCACAGGCAGUUGGAGGACCUCGACCACCUCCACGGGGAAAUGAGCAACAAAAUAACAAUAACGGCGAUCGGCAGCAUAUUGUAAGAAUUAUCAAUAGAGACAUGCUGUUACAACGUCGGGAACAAAUGGAUAUAGAAAACCCGCGACGUUUGCUAGGACGCCCUCAGCGUGGUCGACUUCCCGCUGCUCACCAACAUGUUUUUGAAGCCGAGGUAAAUAUAGGUAAUCGACCACAAGCACCACAACCAGUUGAACAGGACAGAGCACCAAUGCCUGCGAUUGAACGUCCAAUAGAACAUGGUGGUAUAAAUGUUCAACUACGGUUCCGUGGACUUCCCAAUCGAUCUGCAAAUAAUAAUCCACGUCAGAACAAUGACCAACAACAGCAAAGGCCGAUACAACAGCAACGCCAAGAACCACCACAGCAGAAUAAUCCUGUCCCUAAUCGCGUUCUUCCACAUGUGAUCAUAAUGCCAGGGAUAGAAAACUUCCAAGAGUUUCUCCAGCGUCAUGCUAACGGGAACCAUCAACAACUAUUCGUCAACUUGGGGAUAGGGCACCAACAUGCACCAAAUAACGUGUCUUUAGUGAGCGAUCGCGGUAUUUGUGCAUACGGCGUAUCCAGAUACGAAAUACGCGUGAUGGAUGGGGAGCUGCAGAAUUUUACAAAACUGGAACGUUUGUCAGUUCGCAACUACAAGUUGGUCACCGAUACGUCACUUGAUCAUUUGGAAUCGGCCGCUCCACACUUGAAGAUGUUAGAUGUGACUGGAACUUCUGUGACGGCUGAUGGUGUGCGCAGCUUUAGAUUAUCCCGAUCCAACUGUGUUAUCAUUUCCGAUUUUGACAAAGACGCAGACACCGAUGAUCUCUCGGGAUCCGAAAAUCAAUAAAUUCUCACAUCAGUAUCGUGCUCACGAAUAGCACAUGAAUCAUUUCGUAAACGAAGACCGGCUUAGGAAUAUAUAAGAUUAUUUAGAUCAAACACAUUUGGAAUUGAUGCUAUGUUCCUUUCACAUUUUAUAUCGAUCAUCAGAUGUACUUAAAGCGGCCGACUUUCCAUGGUCAUAAUCGAACAUCUGUUAAGUGAAAAUAAAGAAUACCGUACGGUUUUAAUUUCCGUAAA